AUGUGUGACGUUGUCUUAGGAGCCCAAUGGGGUGAUGAAGGUAAAGGUAAAUUAGUAGAUGUUCUUUGUGAUGACAUUGAUGUCUGUGCCAGAUGUCAAGGUGGUAACAAUGCGGGACACACUAUAGUUGUUGGUAAGACCAAGUAUGAUUUCCACAUGUUACCAUCUGGUUUAGUUAACCCAAAAUGUUUAAAUUUGGUUGGUUCAGGUGUGGUUAUUCACAUCCCAUCUCUUUUCGAAGAAUUAGAAAACUUGGAAAAGAAGGGUUUACACUGUAGAGAUCGUUUGUUCAUCUCUUCAAGAGCUCAUCUUGUCUUUGAUUUCCAUCAAAGAACUGAUAAGUUGAAGGAAGCAGAAUUAAGCGAAAAUAAGAAGUCUAUUGGUACCACUGGUAAAGGUAUUGGUCCAACUUAUUCUACUAAAGCUUCAAGAUCUGGUAUCAGAGUUCAUCACCUUGUCUCUCAAGAACCAGAAGCUUGGGACGAAUUUAAGGCAAGGUAUAAGAGACUUGUGGAAUCGAGAUUUAAGAGAUAUGGUGAAUUUGAGUAUGACUUUGAUGCUGAAUUAGCUCGUUAUGAGAAGUACAGAGACCUUGUCAGACCAUUUGUCGUUGACUCCGUUGAAUUCAUGCACAGAUCUAUUGCAGAAAACAAGAAAAUCUUGAUUGAAGGUGCAAACGCUUUGAUGUUAGAUUUGGAUUUCGGUACUUACCCUUAUGUUACAAGUAGUAAUACCGGUAUUGGUGGAGUUUUAACUGGUUUAGGUCUCCCACCAAAGGCUAUCCGUAACGUUUAUGGAGUUGUCAAAGCCUACACAACGAGAGUUGGUGAAGGUCCAUUCCCAUCUGAACAAUUGAAUGCUGAUGGUGAGAAGUUGCAAGAUAUCGGAGCUGAAUUUGGUGUUACCACUGGAAGAAAGAGGAGAUGUGGUUGGUUAGAUUUAGUAGUGUUGAAGUACUCUACAUUGAUUAAUGGCUACACUUCUCUCAAUAUCACUAAGUUGGAUGUUUUGGAUACCUUCAAGGAAAUUCAAGUUGCUGUUGCAUACAGCAAGGAUGGAAAGAAGAUUGCUUCUUUCCCAGAGGAUUUACAUACUUUGGCCAAGGUUGACGUCGAAUAUGUUACUUUACCUGGUUGGAAUGAAGAUAUCACUAAAAUAAAAACUUACAAUGAUUUACCAGAAAACGCAAAGAAGUACUUGAAAUUCAUUGAAGAGUACUUAGAUGUUCCAAUCCAAUGGAUUGGAACUGGACCUGGACGUGAAUCCAUGUUAGUGAAGGAACUUUAA